UGGUAUCACAACAAUCCACCCCCAAGCAUGCAAAGCAGCAGCCGCCCCGCUCCCUCCGCCGGCUUCUGGCGCCCGGCAGUCGUCUUCUCGCUGGCCAUCGCCGUGCGAGUUGUGCUGCUGCUCUACGGCCGCUGGCAGGACGCGAAUCGUGCCAUCAAGUACACCGAUAUUGACUACCUGGUCUUCACCGACGCCGCCAGAUACGUCGCUCGUGGCCGCUCACCCUAUGACCGCGCGACCUAUCGCUAUACGCCUCUGUUAGCAUGGCUGCUGCUGCCCACCACCUGGUCUGGCCUCUGGUUUGAAUUUGGCAAAGCACUUUUUGCAGCCGGAGAUGUCAUCACGGGCUUCUUCACCUAUCGCAUCCUGCGGAGCCAGGGGCUGACCAGCACUCGCGCCCUCAAAUUCGCUAGCAUAUGGCUGCUGAACCCAAUGGUUGCCAACAUCAGCACGCGAGGAAGCUCUGAAGGACUGCUAGCAGUGCUUGUUGUGGCCACUCUGUGGGCUGUAUUGUGCAGACACAUCGUGUUAGCAGGCGCUCUCUUGGGCUUUGCAGUUCACUUCAAGAUCUACCCUUUCAUCUAUGCAGCAAGCAUCUUCUGGUGGCUCGGCAGCGCCCCCUCCACACCAAUUGGGAGCACGCUGCCUACUUCUUUAUCCGAGCUUGUAGCUCUGAUCAAUCGAGAUCGUGUCUAUCUCGUAGGCUCCAGUUUCAUCACUUUCAUGGCCUCUAAUAUUGUCAUGUUCUACAUAUAUGGAUAUCCUUUCGUGGAGCACAGCUUCACCUACCACUUCACCAGAAUCGACCACAGACAUAACUUCUCAGUCUACAAUACACUCUUGCAUUUGAGCUCUUCGCAAGCCGCAGACUCUGGCUUCCACAUCGAAUCAUUGGCUUUCGUGCCUCAACUAGUGCUCGCUGUGGUAGCGAUUCCUCUGCUGCUGGCAAAGGCAGAUUUGCCGAGUACUAUGCUUGCACAAACUUUUGCCUUCGUGACCUUCAAUAAAGUGUGCACAAGUCAGGUAAUUUUGAGAUCAAUUUUUUGCAAGACAGUGUAA